UUUUCUUCCGCCCGCAUCUCCUCGGCAUCUCCAUACAACAUCCAUGAGCGCAGACAGCUACAACGUCAAGAUCACCUCGGGCGUCCUCGUCACCUGCGACUCGGCCGCAAAGCAGAUCUUGCUGCAUUUGGACUCGAUGCGGGACGGUCCCCACAAGUUUGUCAUCCGUGACGUUGACGAGAACCGUGUGAUGGUCAAAAAGGAAUACGUCGAAAUGCUCAAAGACGAGCUUCAAAACGAGCUGGAGAAAAAUACAUAUAUUCAAGACCCUGACAUAUGACCCCUUGCUUCAUUCGACUCUGUUCCUAUCAUUCGCCUGCAAGUUUCUCGAUUCCAUAGUCUGGCCACGUCCCUUUCCCCCCCCAAAAUAGGGAGUAGCACACCAUGAGCAGCCCCAUACUAGUGACCGCCGGAGAUGUGAUGUAAAAGCUCGGUAGGGGUCGCGGUGGGACUGUAUGCAACAGUCUCUAAAGGCGGGGGUCGAGCUUGUGUUUCGGCAUCGAGACGGGGUUGGCAUGAUUGCUGGGGUGGUAAAACGGGGUCGGGUCGUUCGGCAGUAUCGGUAGUAGUAGUAGGGCGGGCGGGAAUGCGGAGGAUGAUCUUGGGUAGUGAAGUAGUCGUUGGGGUCGUCUGGAUGGAAGGCGGGGACGGAGACUUGGACUUGGAUUCCUGUACCUUUGGUGUGGAUGCACUCUCUCCCAGCGACAUUUUCGUCAUGUCUUUGACAGCUUGUUCAAUCCAGUCUCCCAUUUCGUUCUCUCCGCCCACAUCCGUUUUCACAGAGGAUUGUGCGCCGAGCGUCUCAUCCGUGGUGGGUGCUGUAUCGAUAUGGAAUGGGAGCACUGUGCUACUCUCUGGAUUCACAGAAAAUGUGCCUGUAUCAGUGGGCUGCGAGGGGAUCUUGAGCUUGGAUGGUGCCGGCGUCACACCCCCGGCGGCGGCCCUUGCCCUGUUGCCCCUUUUCGCCCCACCGUAGCCAGGCGUGUUAUCUAUGCUCGCUGCACCAGACUCAUCAGCCUUUUUCCUAUCGCGCAGGGUCAUCCUCGUCGUCCCCAUGGGAGUAUUUGUAGCCGUACUCCCCACUGAAUCCGGGCAAGUCGUCCCUUCAAAAUGGGCGAGGAGAGAGUGCGUUCGGGAGAGAUGGGGUUGUGAAGCAAACUCUGCUGGAAGAGGGGCAAGCUUGCCUCCUCUCUUCUUUUUGGUUGCCUUUUCCAGCUAAAUCACUCCCCACCAUUCAUCACAUCCUUCAGGCAAAGACCCUCUCAUUCCCACAAUGUGACCCAUGGCUGCACUCGUCAAUGCUCGAUCGCUGUAACCGCCUUCCAACACGGAGACAACCUUGCCCUCUGUGUAUUUGUCCGCAAAAGCCGCAAUAUCACGCGUAUACCUCGAAUAGAACGAAACCUUGCAAACGUUUGCCGUCAGCUUUUUACGUGGUUCACCAUGUGUGUCAUUGCCCAACUCACAGGUACUCGGCGAUCAUGCCGCUGCAUUCCUUGAUGUUCCCAUUCACAAGCAUCGAAUCCUGCGCUUAUGAAAACAAUGGUUCUCUCUGGGUCCGCCUCGGUCUGUUCCAUAAAUACUUUGGCCUUGUCCAAGAGUGCAAGGUAUAGAGGGUAGAUUCGGUCGUAGAAAUCGGCUUCCGAGCUGUAUGGUUUAAGAUGGAUGUUUUCGCUGUAAGACAAGUUGUGCCGGGAGUGAGCUCGAUAGUCUGAUGAAUACAAGUCGGGACUGGAAUUGAGAACGAAAACGCACAUGUACUGCCCAUGAGCAGCUAGAGAGAUUGAGGCGUCUCGAAUGAGAUCAAGAUCACCAUCCUGCCCGAGGGUUUUGAGCUGUCUAAUCUAGUAUCAGUGAUUUGACGUACCUCGCACGGAUAGCUGUACUAUUGUGGGUAAGCGCCCAUCUACGGAUCUUCUUC